GCCACGGUCGCGUCCCCAUCCUUAGAUUCGCUCCCCCGGGCUGGGAGCGGAGACGGAGGAGGAGGGAGAGGCUGAAUGUUGGCUCCGUAAUAAAGGGGAGCGGCCGCUCCGGAGCCUCCUCCCGGGGCGCCCCCCCUCAUCUCGCCCGCUCCCUGCGACCCACCCGGCUCCUGGACGCCCGGCCCCCGAGGCCGGCCCGGCAGCGCAGACCUUCGCUGAAGAGACUCGGCCAGUGGCGGGGACUGGCCGGCGGCGUCCGAGGCCCGCGCCCCGCCGCCACCCCCACCCGCUAGCCCGCCGGUCCCUCCGGCCGCCGCCAUGUCCUCCUCCUCAUCCUCUCCCAGGGAGACGUACGAGGAGGACCGCGAGUACGAGAGCCAGGCCAAGCGCCUCAAGACCGAGGAGGGGGAGAUCGACUACUCGGCCGAGGAAGGCGAGAACCGCCGGGAAGCGACGCCCCGGGGCGGGGGCGAUGGCGGCGGCGGCGGCCGGAGCUUCUCACAGCCGGAGGCAGGUGGAAGUCAUCAUAAAGUUUCUGUUUCACCUGUUGUCCAUGUUCGAGGACUCUGUGAAUCUGUGGUGGAAGCAGACCUUGUGGAGGCUCUGGAGAAAUUUGGGACAAUAUGCUAUGUUAUGAUGAUGCCGUUUAAACGGCAGGCUCUAGUGGAAUUUGAAAACAUAGAUAGUGCCAAAGAAUGUGUGACGUUUGCUGCGGAUGAACCUGUGUACAUUGCUGGUCAACAGGCUUUUUUCAACUAUUCUACAAGCAAAAGGAUCACUCGGCCAGGAAAUACUGAUGAUCCAUCAGGAGGCAACAAAGUUCUUCUGCUAUCAAUUCAGAAUCCUCUCUAUCCAAUUACAGUGGAUGUUUUAUACACUGUAUGCAACCCUGUUGGAAAAGUACAACGUAUUGUUAUUUUCAAGAGAAAUGGGAUACAGGCAAUGCUUAUGUUUGAAUCAGUCCUUUGUGCCCAGAAAGCUAAAGCAGCACUCAAUGGAGCAGAUAUAUAUGCCGGAUGUUGCACACUAAAAAUCGAAUAUGCAAGGCCAACUCGUCUAAAUGUUAUUAGGAAUGACAAUGACAGUUGGGACUACACUAAACCGUAUUUGGGAAGACGAGAUAGAGGAAAGGGUCGCCAGAGACAAGCCAUUUUGGGAGAACACCCUUCUUCGUUUAGACAUGAUGGCUAUGGAUCCCAUGGUCCAUUAUUGCCUUUACCGAGUCGUUACAGAAUGGGCUCUCGAGAUACACCUGAGCUUGUUGCAUAUCCAUUGCCACAGGCUUCUUCCUCUUACAUGCAUGGAGGAAAUCCCUCUGGUUCAGUUGUAAUGGUUAGUGGAUUACAUCAGCUAAAAAUGAAUUGUUCAAGAGUGUUCAACCUAUUCUGCUUGUAUGGAAAUAUUGAAAAGGUAAAAUUUAUGAAGACCAUUCCUGGUACAGCACUGGUAGAAAUGGGUGAUGAGUAUGCUGUAGAAAGAGCUGUCACACACCUUAACAAUGUCAAAUUAUUUGGGAAAAGACUUAAUGUUUGUGUGUCUAAACAACAUUCAGUUGUUCCAAGUCAAAUAUUUGAGCUGGAGGAUGGUACAAGUAGCUACAAAGAUUUUGCAAUGAGCAAAAAUAAUCGCUUUACAAGUGCUGGUCAAGCAUCUAAGAAUAUAAUCCAGCCACCCUCAUGUGUGCUGCAUUAUUACAAUGUUCCAUUGUGUGUCACAGAGGAGACCUUCACGAAGUUAUGUAAUGACCACGAAGUUCUUACAUUCAUCAAAUAUAAAGUGUUUGAUGCAAAACCUUCUGCCAAAACACUUUCUGGGCUAUUAGAAUGGGAGUGCAAAACUGAUGCAGUAGAAGCCCUUACAGCACUUAAUCACUACCAGAUAAGAGUUCCAAAUGGUUCCAAUCCCUACACAUUGAAGCUGUGCUUUUCUACAUCAUCCCAUUUAUAAGAAGAGAAGAGCAUGUUAGAAUUUAUGUUCACCUUUAUUACAAUUUUAAAGCUACACUUCAUUAAAAAAAAAACUAAGAUGGUUGAUCUAAUGUUGCCUUGCUUACUUUGAUUUAAGAUCCUGUUCUGUAAUAAACAAAUAUUUUGCCUUGAGUAAACUUGUUGUAAAGU